AUGUUGUUUAUUAUACAUAUGUCGAAGCCUGUGCGGCGGCAAAGGAGAUUGCCCAAAGAAAUAGGUUUUUCUUGGUUGUGCAAUCAACCAAGAGAAACCCCGGAGAAGACUAUCCGCGGAUAUAUAUGGAUUCCAACCAUGGUAAGAGGAGCAAAUCAUAUACCCCAGAUUUGA